AGUUGUUCAAAGUGGCUUCUAAAGGAGAAGUGGGAACAAAGCAGCUGCACCCCAGCAGUCCAAGAGACCAAGAAGAAAAUCUGGAGAUGAGACCUGAAGAAAGAUGUUGCCAGGUUGCCCCUGUGCUCUGUGAAGAGUCAGACUCUGUUUCAGGAAAUCCCACCAUCAUUAUAGAUGAAGAAGAUGGCAGUCCCCAAAUCUGCCGUGUGUGUGGGGACAAGGCCAAUGGCUAUCACUUCAAUGUCAUGUCAUGUGAAGGCUGCAAGGGGUUCUUCAGGAGGGCCAUGAAGCGCAAUGUCCGGCUGAGGUGCCCCUUCCGCAAGGGCACCUGCGAGAUCACGCAGAAGACUCGGCGGCAGUGCCAGGCCUGCCGCCUUCGCAAGUGCCUGGACAGCGGCAUGAAGAAGGAGAUGAUCAUGUCUGAGGCUGCGGUGGAGCAGAGGCGGGCCCUGAUCAAGAGGAGGAAGAAGGCACGCAUGGAGGCUCAGCCGUCCACCGUGCCUGGGCUGACCCAGGAGCAGCGCAUGUUGAUCGAGGAGCUGAUGGACGCUCAGUCGAAAACCUUCGACACCACCUUCUCCCACUUCAAGGAUUUCCGGCUACCAAAGGUGUUUGGCAGUGAACAUGCGAUCUCAGAUUUCCUUCAAAAUUCAGUAAGAGAACCAUCUCUCAGCUGGGAGGAAAUCAGGAAAGGGCUGUGUCCCAUGAAAGUCUCUCUGCAGCUGCGGGGGGAAGAUGGCAGUGUCUGGAACUACAACCCCCCUGACUAUAGGGAUGGCAAAGAGAUCAUCCCCAUGCUGCCCCAUCUAGCUGAUGUAUCAACCUACAUGUUCAAGGGAGUCAUCAACUUUGCCAAAGUCAUCUCCUACUUCAGGGACUUGCCCAUUGAAGACCAGAUUUCCCUGCUGAAGGGGGCCACCUUUGAAAUGUUCAUACUGAGGCUCAGCACGUUGUUCAACUCAGAGACGGGGACCUGGGAGUGUGGCCGGCUGGUCUACUGUUUUGAAGACCCUGAAGGUGGCUUCCAGAAACUUCUACUGGAUCCUACGAUAAAAUUCCAAUACAUGUUGAGGAAGCUGCAGCUGCACAAGGAGGAGUAUGUGCUGAUGCAGGCCAUCUCCCUCUUCUCCCCAGAUCGCCCUGGUGUAGUUCAGCGCAGCUCAGUGGACCAGCUACAGGAGAGAUUUGCCCUCACCCUGAAGGCCUACAUUGAGUGCAAUCGGCCACAACCUGAACACCGGUUCCUGUUCAUGAAGAUCAUGGCUGCACUCACAGAGCUACGGAGCCUCAACGCCCAGAACACACAGCAACUGCUGCGAAUCCAAGACUCCAACAACUCCUUCACCACCCCGCUCAUUCAGGAGCUGAUCAGCAACACAGAUGACUGAGACUGGGAGUCCUCUGAGCUAUCACUUCCUGGGCUACACAGAUGGGCACUGUGAUACCUAACAAUGCCUUGUGAUGACAGCUGGCUACCAUUCCUCCAGAAGGGACACAGUUCAGCAAAGGAAAACCACAGACCCUAUGUGGACAGUGCUGGCUUAGAGACCAGGCCUAUCAGGGAGGCAUAGCUGACCUCCCCUUAGACAAGGCCCUGUGGUCUGAGAAUAAAC